AUGGAAAUUACAUAUUUUCUCUCUCUUUAUCUUUCUUUUCCCACUCCCUGUUCUUCCACUGUCUUUCUUUUCUUUAUUUCUCUUUUUACAAUCUUUUCCUCUAUCUUUCCUUUCUUUACACUUUUUGUUUUCCGUUUCAUAUUUUCUUCACUCUCUCUUUUUCUCUUCUUCUCUAUAAACUCUAUAAUCUCUUUUCAUCUAGAAGAAAUAUCAUCUAGCUUUCUUUUCUCAUGUUAUACUGUCUUUCUAUCUCUCUCUCUCUCUCUCUUAUUUCUAUCUUUCUGCACUGUCUCUCUCUUUUUCUCUUUCUUUCACGUUUGUUUUUCUCUUUAUGCAAAGCAUGUCUCUCUUUCUUUCAUUUUUUUCUUUCUCUCUUUCUUUCCUUUUUUGUUGUCUACACUUUCUUUCUCUGUCUUUCUGUACCUUUUUUAUGCUCUUUCCUUUUUGCUCUUUUCACACUCUCUUUCUGCCUCUCUCCCAUUUCUUUGUAUCUUUUUACACCCUCAUUCUCUCCCUCUCUUUCCAUUUUAUAUGCCCCCACCAUCACCACCACCAAUUUUAACAUCCAAACAGUCUACUGACUUAAUAAUCACCUGUUGUAAAUUUAGAAAAUACUUUUAUCAUUUCUGA